UGCUCCAUGUCUCACAGUCCAGUCGAGAAAAAGCGCAUUCUGAUUUGGUGACGUUUCCCCCCCCUCACGCACUCGGAAAUCGAAGAGUGAUCGGUGUGGGUUCAAGUUGUUUCCCUCAAUGUUGAUCAAAUCUACUAUGGCAGAGUGUUUUCUGUGGAGUCGUAUCUGCCAUGCUACCUUGGCUGGGAUAUGCAUAAUCGGCCUGCCCAUGCCGUGGUCGAGGCCACAACCGAGACAGGCUCACCGCCCCUCGCAGUUUUUCUUCCGCCGUACACCACAUAGGUCCUUGUGCCUGGGACGCCGGAGAUAUCAAUGGCCACCAUUCCAGAUGAACAGCCAGACGUCAAAAGACUGUGUGGAGCGCGGCGCGGGGCAUUCCGUCCAGCGACGUUUCAUUGAGGGAUUUGACGCCAACCUCCCUGCAUCCGCAAGAAUAACAAGACUACGCAGGGUGGAUUGGAACGGGCAGGUACAGGGUGUUGCUGGCACGACGUCAACUCCAAGCGAAGAUAUUCUAGACUCCACAGCGGUGCUUCGGGUAUCUACACGUGUCCGCAGCGGCUCGCCUACAGAACAAGGAGCCGCUGACCAAGUGGAAUCCACCAACGGGGGAAUCGUUGCCGUUCGUCCAGGCACAGUUAAGCUAUCGUUUGUCCGCGGUCGAGCACUGGAUCAAGGUGUUGGUUGUUGCUGUAGAGGGUGGAGGUAAGAAGAUAAAGACAUAUCGAUUGGUGGACGUAAAUAGAAGCGUGUCGUUGGGGGCGAACCCCUUGACAGUAGUAGUAGGGAGUUUCUACCCAGGCCAGGCGUAGCAUAGUAGGAGUUAGUGGCCCGGCAUAGCUCAUUUGAGUUCUAUGUGUCCCGUAAUCUAGACACAUACUGGGCAGCGGCCCUUACAAUCGCCGAC